AUGGGAUCCAGAAUCGAAGAAGAGAAGGAACUGGAACCGGAUAUGGAGCAGAGUUUGGCGACGGAGCCGGUGAGUCCUGCAGGGAGCACUGUAGCUGACCUAUCCCCAACUCCAACCCCAAGGAAGACUCUGGUUCUGUCUAAUUCGGGUAAGGCUUUAAUGGUGUCGAAUUCUAGCAAGUCCUUGGGGCUUUCCAAUUCCGGGAAACGGUUUGAUCCUACGGGUAAGAAGAAGUACGUUAAACAGGUCACCGGACGCCACAACGACACCGAGCUUCAUCUAGCUGCUCAACGAGGAGAUCUAGCUUCUGUUAAGCAGAUUCUCAGUGACAUCGAUUCUCAGAUUACUGGUACCAUCACCGGAGCUGAUUUCGAUGACGAGGUAUCACAAAUAAUGACAGCUGUGGUAAACGAGGUGAAUGAGUUGGGAGAGACGCCGCUUUUUACAGCAGCAGAGAAAGGAAACAUUGAUGUUGUCAAAGAGUUGCUUCGUUAUACGACCACAGAAUCUCUUAUGCAGAAGAACCUUUCUGGAUUUGACGCUUUACACAUUGCUUGUAGCCAAGGCCAUCGAGCUAUUGUCCAGUUAUUGCUUGAGCAUGAGCCUCAGUUAAGUAAAACAGUAGCUCAAUCAAACGCAACACCACUUGUGUCAGCUGCGACGAGAGGGCAUAUUGAAGUAGUUAACGAAUUGCUUGCGAAAGACUCAAGCUUGCUCGAGAUUUCUAGAUCCAAUGGAAAAAAUGCGCUUCACCUUGCUGCGCGUCAAGGUCAUGUAGAUAUUGUAAGAACGUUACUCGAUAAAGAUCCGCAAUUAGCUAGACGAACAGAUAAGAAAGGCCAGACGUCUUUGCAUAUGGCUGUGAAAGGAGUUAGCUCACAAGUCGUGAGGUUGCUCCUUCGAGCUGAUCCGGCUAUCGUUAUGCUUCCUGAUAAAUUCGGUAACACUGUGUUGCAUAUCGCUACCCGGAAGAAGAGAGCAGAGAUUGUGAACGAGCUGUUACAACUUCCGGAUGCAAACGUGAAUGCGCUAACACGAGACCAUAAAACCGCAUACGACAUUGCUGAAGGACUCACUCAUUCAGAGGAAACUGCAGAGAUCAAAGAGAUAUUAUCGCGUUGUGGUGCGCUAAAAGCCAACGAAUUAAACCAGCCAAGAGACGAGCUACGGAAAACAGUGACCGAGAUCAAGAAAGACGUUCACACGCAGCUCGAACAAACCCGAAAAACCAACAAAAACGUCGACGGGAUUGCCAAGGAGCUGCGGAAACUUCACAGAGCUGGAAUCAACAAUGCUACAAACUCAGUCACAGUUGUGGCUGUCCUCUUCGCCACGGUUGCAUUUGCAGCCAUUUUCACGGUUCCCGGAGGGGACGACGACCACGGUGUGGCCGUGAUGGUUCAUGCAACAUCGUUCAAGAUAUUCUUUAUAUUCAACGCGAUUGCGCUCUUUACUUCCUUAGCAGUAGUUGUCGUGCAAAUCACGCUUGUAAGAGGAGAGACUAAAACGGAGAGACGUGUGGUGGAAGUAAUCAAUAAGCUGAUGUGGCUCGCCUCUGUCUGCACCACUGUGGCAUUCAUUUCCUCAUCGUACAUUGUGGUUGGUCGGAGAAACAGAUACGCGGCAGUUGUGGUAACGGUCAUAGGAACUGUGACCAUGACCGGGAUUUUGAGUAUAAUGACAUAUUAUGUUGUGAAAUCGAAGAGGACGAGGAAAGUAAGGAAGAAGGAGAAGAAGAAAUUUGCUAGAACUGGGACGAGUUCAUGGCAUCAUGCGAAUCCGUCGGAGACUGAGUCGGAGGUUAAUCCAAUUUACGCUAUCUGAUCGAUGAUGAAUGAUCAUUAAUUCAUUAUUUCUUUUUUUGGUUUCUUGAUCUAUGUACGUGUAGUGUUUUAUAU